CCUGGGAGUUCCCCUCCUCCAAGUAUUUCUUUGAGGGAAGAAGAUUGGGUGGAGUGUGAUGAGAUGGUAACUUUUAUUAUCAGCAGAGUCCCUGAGAGUCAUGAGAGCUAUGCUCAGAUCAGAACUGAACCAAUUGUCAAACAAUUUUUGGGGUCUCAAUGGCCUUCAGUAAGUGAACUCUUGUCUUGGUACAAAAAGAGAGCUAGAGAUAUUGAUACCUUAAGUGGACAACUCGACAACUCCAUGUGCUUAAUUGACUUUGCCUGUCGGAAAGGCAUUUCUCAAUUGCAGCCGUUCCUAGAGGAAAUUUCUUACUUACACCAGCUUAUCUAUUCCGCGGAGAAUGAAGAAAUGAAUUUCUUCAUGAGUCUUACUCUAUGGGAAAGCUUACCUGAUUAUGAAAAAUUUAAAUUGAUGUUGAUUGGGGUCAGAGAAGAUACCGUUAUUACAAGAUUACAUAGUAAAGCAAUUCCAUUCAUGAAAAAGAGGUUUCACUCUUCGACUGUACCUUCCGGAGAUGAGAAAACAGAUUGCUCAGCUGAGUCAUUUCUGGUCAGAUGGUUGAAGGAGAUCGCCUCUGAGAAAAAAUUGGAGAUGUGUUCAAUUGUAAUUGAAGAGGGUGUCAGAGAGGUUCACAAUAAUAACCUUUUCCAUAAUGAGGCUGAAGUUGUAGAUUGUGCUCUGCAGUGCAUAUUUGCUUGCUCUGUCACAGAUAGGUGGAGUACGAUGACCUCCAUUUUGUCUAAACUUCCAUUUCCGCGUGAUUCUGAAGCUGCACGCCUCAAGGAAAGGUUGAGACUUGCAGAAGGUCAUAUUGAAGCAGGAAGAAUAUUGGCCCUUUACCAGGUCCCAAAGCCUAUCAGCUUUUUCCAGGACGCAUAUUGUGAUGAAAAGGGUGUAAAGCAGAUAAUUCGUCUCAUCUUGUCCAAAUUUGUUCGCCGACAGCCUGGACGAUCAGAUAAUGAUUGGACAAACAUGUGGCUUGACUUGCAGUCUUUGCUAGAGAAAGCAUUUUUCUUCAUAGAUCUUGAAUAUGUUUUAAUGGAGUUCUGCAGGGGAUUGCUGAAAGCAGGAAAGUUUUCACUUGCAAGGAAUUAUUUGAAAGGUGUGGGUUCAGUGUCUCUGGCAAAUGAUAAAGCAGAAAAUCUUGUUAUUCAAGCUGCCAGAGAAUAUUUCUUCUCAGCCUCAAGUCUUUCUAGUUCCGAAGUAAGUUCAUUUUAUCUAUCAAAUACUAGCAUAGGAGUCAUACUAGCAUAGGAGUCAUUACAUAAUCUCUAUGUUAACAUUGGGAAGACCGUAAAAGUCUGUACUUGUUGAUGAGUUGCCUCUCUCGAAAGCUCUAACCUGCCUUCGGAACUUGGUAUUCCAUUCUGUCUGAUGUUUCACUCCUCCCAAAGGAUAUCGAAGCAAGUCCUUAUUCGA